CCUAUGGUUUUUGUGAAAUGUUACAACUUGCAUCCUAGCGUUACAACUUGCAUCCUUUUUCAACAAACCAGCUUUUCGAUUAUCGUAAUUUGAUUUUGUAUAGGAGCUUCAAAUGGAUUUAUCUUCCCCGUCAGAUGUACCGCUGCGCGCUCGGAUAAGAGAAGAACGAGCUUCUUCGUGUCAGCCUGUACGUUUUGCACUUGAAUUAACUUUGGAGAAGUUUUCUGCAUCCAUCGAAACAAAGGAUCGAUCCACUAGGAUUUUGUCCUCCGGAAUCACCAUGGCGGAAUUGGGACUGACGGAUUUGCAAGGACGCUGGCGCCUGGAUGUCAGGCCUUGCUGGUUCAGCCCUGAAGAUCCCGAAAAUGUAUAUUUCGGAUGUUAUGUAAAUUUUGUUGGGCAGGAUGCUGGAUGCUCCCAAUGCAAAAGCUUUGCAACUGAUACAGUCCAUGCUACAUAUCAGCUCAGCAUUUCAACAGGGAAAAUUGCUCCCCAGGUCCUCAAAGCCUCUGGCUGGCAUAAAACACUCGAGUUUUCUGACCGUAAUCCAACGUGGGGAAAAUCUAAGUUAUGUUCGCACGAAUUGCUAUUCGGAUCGCCUAAUGGCAGACGGGGAAAACUGAAAGACGACACCAUAACUGUUAAGGCUGAUGUUGUAUUCAAUUACUGGCAGAGGAACAUCGAAAAGGUUUAUCUGUCUAAUAACGGUGGGAUUGACUCGGUGCGUGCGAAUGUUUCCGAUCAUCAGAAAUUCGAGAAUGCAAUGAAACGUCAACUUGAACAUUUCCGAAAUUCCUCCGCCCAGAAGGGUACGCAUGACUUCUGCCUCGAAUCUAGUGAUGGACAACAGUUUUACACCGACAUGUGUAUUCUCAUGGCUCAUUCAGUGGUCUUCGAAGCCAUGCUCUCCCACGAUUGUGUAGAGAAGACUUCAAAAUAUUGCCGACUGACUGACAUAGAUGGGGAGACUGUGAAGAUCCUGCUGGAGUACAUGUACGGCUGCGAAACCGGCAAAAUCAGUCCAGCAAAUGCGGAAAAGGUAUUAGCCGCUGCAGAUAAAUAUGAUAUGAAGGAGUUACGGUCAUUCUGUGAAGGUGUUCUAACAGCUAACAUAUCGUCCACGAACGCCGCUCACUGUCUGGCACUGUCUUGCCAAAGAGGAUUAGACGGCUUGCAGCGAGCUGUUCUGAAGUUCAUAAACGUCGGCAAUAUGGUAGCAGUGUUUUCAAACGAUGCCAUUAUGGAGAUUACAAAAUAUGAUCCAGAGAUGUUGCAGAAUAUCCUGCAAUCAAGCAUCGGUAACGCGAAUCAGUAAUCGAGAUCUUGAAUUUUCUUUUGAUUACCGUUUAAUAGUAUCAGAACUUCGAACAGUAUUACAAUUGUAAUAAGAUACUUGCAAGAUAAAGAUAAAUAAGAUACUUGCAAGUAUCUUAUUUAUGACCUGCAUCUUAUUCAUAAUCCUGCUAUGCUGCGGUCAUGCAGUGUCCGCAAA